CCUUUCAUAACAACAACAUGGCUGCCCUCUGCAGGGGCAGACACCGGUGGAAAAGCACUAACUGUUUGCAUGUUUUGACAAGAAACCUGACCGGGAUCUACGACUACGACCUGGUGGUUAUCGGUGGCGGUUCGGGAGGCCUAGCUUGUUCAAAAGAAGCAGCACAGUUGGGACAGAAAGUGGCUGUCCUGGAUUAUGUGGAGCCAUCUGUUAAGGGUACCAAGUGGGGUCUUGGUGGUACAUGUGUAAAUGUGGGCUGCAUUCCCAAGAAGCUCAUGCACCAGGCUGCUCUCCUCGGCACCGCCGUCAAAGAUGCCAGGAAGUACGGAUGGCAGAUCUCAGAUCCCGUCUGUCACGACUGGGCCACCAUGGCGGAGGCCAUUCAAAACCACGUCAGGUCUCUGAACUGGGGUCACAGAGUUCAGCUCCAGGACAAGAAGGUGAAGUAUCUGAAUGUCAAAGGAAGUCUGGUGGACAAACACACUGUCAAAGGAUUAACUAAAGCGGGGAAAGAGAUGAUCCUGACAGCCAAGAACAUUGUGAUCGCCACAGGCGGCCGGCCAAAUUACCCCUCGGAGAUCCCAGGAGCAAUGGAGCACGGCAUCACCAGCGACGACAUCUUCUGGCUCAAGCAGUCGCCUGGGAAAACCCUUGUGGUUGGAGCCAGCUAUGUGGCUCUGGAGUGUGCAGGCUUCCUCACCGGCAUCGGCUUGGACGCCACAGUGAUGGUCCGCAGCAUCGCCCUCCGGGGGUUUGAUCAGCAAAUGGCGGGUCUAAUCACAGACCACAUGGAGGCAUAUGGGACAAAGUUCUUAUGGAAGAGUGUCCCAAAGAGUGUGGACAAACUUUCCUCAGGAGCCCUGCAGGUGACCUGGACCGACACCCGCACAGGGGACCAACACAAGGACACUUACGACUCGGUGUUGUGGGCAGUUGGCAGAGCCCCUGAAACCAAAGCCCUGGGCCUGGAGCAGCUCGGCGUGCGCCUCAAAAAGGAGACGGGGAAAAUCCUUCUGGGCUCCGACGAAUCCACCUCGGUGCCAAACAUCUACGCUUUUGGUGACAUCGGUGAGGGUCGUCCUGAGUUGACCCCAACAGCCAUUAAAGCGGGAAAGCUGCUCGCCCGUAGAUUGGCCGGGUUCAGCAAUGAAAUCAUGAACUACGACAACGUGCCCACCACUGUGUUCACCCCCCUUGAGUACGCCUGCGUGGGUCUGUCUGAGGAGGACGCUGAGAAGAGGCAUGGGAAAGACGGCAUAGAGGUCUACCAUGCUUUCUACAAGCCUCUGGAAUUCAUCGUCGCGGAGCGCGAUGCCAGCCAGUGUUACUUAAAGGUGGUAUGUGCGCGGGGCGGAGAGCAGAAGAUCCUGGGUCUGCACUUCACCGGUCCAAACGCUGGAGAAGUCACACAGGGCUUUGCCAUGGGCUUCCAGUGUGGAGCAACAUAUUCCCACCUGCUGCAGACGGUGGGCAUCCACCCAACCUGUGCCGAGGAGCUGGUCAAGGUCAACAUCACCAAGCGCUCCGGCUUGGACGCCACGGUGACCGGCUGUUGAGGUUAAUCACCUCGGCCUCUGAACGCCAGUGAGCCGACGGGGUCCCUCCGUGGAAGUAGAAAUGAGUUGGCCUGUCUCUCUCUCUCUCUCGCUCUCCUUCUCCAUCUCCUUUUUUAACAUGGCCCCCCAAAGGGUUCUCGGCUUCACACUCCUCUCUCUGGGAACGGGGUCUCUACACAGGGUCAGUCAUGAAGGACAUAACCGGCUGCCCCGCCUAGUGUCACUUACACCUCAUGCGAUAGCCACAGCUAUGAGCACAUCAAUGCACGUGCACGCUGUGAGGGCAUCCUGUAGAAAGCACAAGGUUUGAGGAUCAGGUUAGUGAGAGUCGUGUGCUCAUUAAUCAGAGGUAAGGCCUGAGCUCAGGCUUUCGUUGAGCUCGUACGAGAACUGGGGACCAAACCCCUUUUUUUCUGAAUAUAUAUAUAUAUAUUCUGCAAAUAUUGUUGUUUCUCUGGCUGUACUUCCUGUCCAUUAGUCUUGGAAGUGACACAUACCACACACACCCCCAAAACCCCUCCUCCCACCCCCCCCCCCCCCCCCCCCCAUCCCACCCAGUGACACUGAUGGAUGGCCCCAGGGCCGUCGCCGCAACACCGCUCCAUUUCCCAUGGACACACACAAACAGUCGGUGGGCUGCUUGUCAGUCAGCCGGCCGAGACCCGGCCAGGGAUCUCCGGCUUGUUUAGGCCCCAGCAGACCCCCAGACCCCCAGACCCCUUCCUUCGACUCCAUGUCCUUCUACGUCCAAAUGCACGAAAGAACAGAGUGGGACUAGAAACGAAUUUGCUGCCUGCGUGCAGCAGGGAAACUCUACCUGUUAAUAACAGAGCUCCUUUAGUUUUACUAUUCAGCUUCACCCAAAGGUGGCACUAUUGCCCCUUUGAUUCACCCGUUAUUUCUGAGCCAAGAAUGGAAGAGGGGAUAAAGCAGUCAUUGGAUAGAGAAUACGUUCAGGUUGCACAUUUAAUCCCUAUAAAAGAUAUGUGCUCUUGGGAGACGUUUGAAUGCAGACUGGCUUUAUUGGGGCCAAACCGAUAAGGCUUAUCUGUUUAUUUACAUUGAGGGCAGGUUAGGCCUAAAGAGCCAUCACACUUGAAGAUAAGGAGAGUUGUUUAUGUCAAUAAAGCAGCAACAGGCCCCUCAGAAGUGCUCAAAGUGUUGAACCCACUGACUGAACUUGCCAUCUUGGGUUUAUUAUGCAGAGGAUGAAGAAGAGGAGGAGGAGGAUAUACUAGGUUGCUCUACAAAUCAGGGGACCUAAGAGGACUUAAGUCUAUUUUUUUCAUUUGAAAUCUAAUCUGCCCGUUCUGAUUAAUUAUUUUGAUGAGGGGAGUGACAUUGUGCCAGGAGAUGGAGAGAGGAAAAAGAGAGAGAGAGAGAGGUACCAGGUUUAUUUGGACCUGGGCCAGAGGAGAGGGAGGGAAGGGGGGGAUUCCUGUGUGCUCUGUUCAGGGCCGAGGUGGUGACUGAAGGACCCUGACCUCCGCUCAGCAGGAACAGCUUGACUCUAUCACCCGGAGCACAGAGGGCUCACAUGCCGCGAUGCUCCCCUGGCUCAGGGAGGGAGGGGGGGGGGGGGGGCUUUAAGUAAGGGUGGCAAGGAGAGGCGGUCGGGGAACCAACUCGCCAACCACACCGCCGAGCGUCAGCGCUGUGCCGGGUACUUGAGUCUGUGCUAACGAGCCACUUCGGAGACCUCGGCUGGGCCCAAGGCAACGGGAGGGAAGUUAUUGAGGCCAUCAGUGUAACUGUAAUGUCUGUUUGCUUUUUUUUUUUUUUUUUACCCUCCACUUCCCCUCUGGGUUUUCUCAUCUGCUCCGUAGCUCACGCACAGCAAGGCUGCUCUCACACACACACACAAAAUGUUGUUUUUUUUGUAAUGACAUGUCAGCCUAAUUUGAAUAUAUGUUAAUUGUCGAUGAGCAGUCACUCAAGGCCCAAGCUUUGACCGGUUCGCCUAAGCUGUGCACCACAGGGGGAGGUUGGGGGGGGGGGAGGUCAGGGUUCAACUUUUAGGUCGGCCAGCUAAUGAUGGCUUGCACUAAAACCUAAAACUGGGGAGUGCAGGCCUGAUGUCGACUGGCCGCCAACUUGCGCACUUGUAAAUAGAGAAGUGUAAUUUUCCAUUAAAGCUUUCACAUACAUAAUUUAUAUGUAAAGUACUAACACUUUGGAAUGUAAUAUUAAAGUAAUACGGUCGCUAGCAUUUG